AUGAAACCAUCGAAACUGAAGCGCCAUUUGGAUACUAAACAUCCUGCAUGGAAAGACAAGCCAGUGGAGUUUUUUCAAAGACAACUCCAGAAGCUGAGGACUUCACAGAAGUGUCUGACAGCGUCUUGCUCCAAACAAGAGGAAGCUCUCCGUGCCUCUUACCACGUAGCUCACCGUAUUGCCAAGGCAAAGAAACCCCACACAAUAGCCGAAGAGCUUAUUUUACCUGCAGCAAUGGAUAUGGUGAGAGAGGUGAUGGGUCAAUCAGCGGCCGACAAGCUGAAAACCAUACCGCUGUCCAAUGAUACUAUAGCUCGACGUAUUCAUGACAUGUCUGGUAAUAUUAAAGAACAGACCACAGCCCGCGUCCAAGCAAGCCCCUACUAUGCCCUGCAGAUGGACGAAUCCACCGAUGUAUCUAGCCAUGCUAUUUUGUUGGUUUAUGUGAGACACAUCUUGGAUGGUGAUUUGAAGGAACAGUUUCUCUGCAGCAGAGAUCUCCCUACCACUACAAAGGCAGAGGACAUUUUCAACAGUGUGGACUUGUAUUUGAGCUCAGUGGGCCUGAGCUGGGAAUACUGCGUGGGAAUCACAACUGAUGGCGCGGCUGCCAUGACCGGGAAACAUUCCGGUGUGGUGAAGCAAAUUCUGGACGGAGCACCGAAUGCGACGUGGAACCACUGCUUUUUGCACCGUGAAGCGCUGGCGGCCAAGGAUAUGGUGCCGGAGCUCGACGAGGCUUUGAAAGAUGUCAUCAAAGUUGUGAACCACAUAAAACGGAGUGCAAAAAACAGCCGCUGCUUCUCAAAGCUGUGUAAAGACUUGGGCUCCGAGCACAUGCAAGUGUUGUAUCACUCAGAAGUCCGCUGGCUAUCGCGGGGUACGGUGUUGUCACGUUUUUAUGAACUUAAAACAGAAAUCGCCACCUUCCUCUCAGAGAAUAACUCCCCAUAUGCUGAACUGUUUGACAACGAAAUCUGGCUGGCACGAGUUGCAUAUCUUGCUGAUGUGUUUGAGCACCUGAACGCAUUAAAUGUGUCUAUGCAAGGAAGAGGACACAAUAUUUUUGAACAGUCCGACAAAAUCGCUGCGUUCCGGAUAAAGAUCAAACUGUGGGUAAAUAAUUUAUCCAAAGACAGACUGGACAUGUUUCCCAGUGCUUGCCAUGAAGUACAGCAGCUGGACACUUCGGCCAAAAAUGACUUGAAAAAAACCCUCAGUGCGCAUCUUACUAAACUUCAAGCUCGGUUUGACAACUACUUCCCUGAGAAAUACAGAGAUAAUGAUGCUUGGAUACGCGACCCUUUCUGCAUCGACAUGGAAAGCAUCACGUUGCCGAGCAACGAAGAGCAUCAGCUGGUGGAGCUGUCAUGUGACCAGACGAUGAAAAAGAGAUUUGGCGAGGAAAUCAUCGUCAGGUUGACCGUUCAGUUGCACCAUCACCCUCAUGGCCUCAUAUCGACUUUCCAUCGGAUACAAGUGUUGUCCGAGGUACAAAUAGGCCAAAACGCCACCAAGGGCCCACAUAUCGAUGCCUUCAUCCAAGAUCUGCAGCUUGAAGGCGGGUCUGAACAACAUGAGCUGAACACUGAGAGCUGA